AUGUUGACUAAUAUUGAUAUCAUAGUUUGCUGCUAUAAUUUCAUUUCUUGUGCAUUAUCUUUACCUUUCAUUUUGUUAAGUAGCAGUUUCUCCUCUUAUGAAUAAUCUGGAUUAUUCCCGCUCAUUCUAAUUGAUAUAUCAGUCAGGAUGUUUGAAAAUAUAAAUGGCAAAACUAACCUUUACUUUGGAAUGUUGGAAAAUUAAUACACAAUUCCAUUAAUGUAUAUAGGUGCGCUUUUCUUUAUGGAUGAAAAAUUGAUAAGUAUUUUAUCGAUUGCAGUUGUGAGCUAUAUGAUAGCUAAAGGUCUCUAUCUUACUCAUCUACUCAUUCCAAAUGAUAGACUUAAAGUAAUAGAGCAGAAAGUUGAUCCAGCUUUUUCAAAAUUCCCUACAGAGAUAAAUGUUGCUUAAAACACAGAUGAUUUAGCCUCAUUUGAUAGAAGACAACUAAGAGGAAGAGUGUCUCAACCGGGUAAUGGAUAUGACUCUUAUAAUAGCACCUAAGCUAGCAGUAGUUUCAAUUCUAUUGGAGGAGGUAUUAUGCUUGGAGGUUUAAGAGAAAGGGAUGAUUCUGUCCUUAGGAGUCAAGAUACAUCAUUAGCCCUAAUAAUGUCAACUGAGAGAAGUAGUAAUGAAAGUGAAAAUGAUUAAAACGAGGAAAGAAAAUUAAACUCAGAGUCUGAUGAGUAUGCUGUGUGA